GUGCGGAAUCGUGCAGGUUUUUUAUUUUUAUUAUUAUUAUUUUAUCUUUUUCUGGGAGGGGGAACGGGGGCCCGUAUGACAGGAAGAUGGGGAUAUGGCGAGGAGAGGGGGAUAUGGAGAGGAGGAGGAGGAGGUGGACGAGGAGGAGGAGGAUGUGGACGAGGAGGACGAGGAGGAUAGCGAGGACGACGAGGAGGAGUCAUCGAGAUGUGGGGAGGAGAAGAGAUGGACGGAGGGAAAAGAGGACGGGCAGGAGGAGGAGGACGAGUGGGAGGAGGAGGAGACAUGGACGGCGAGGAAGGGGAGGACACGAGGAGGCAUGGAAGAUGAGGAAGUACGAGGAGGAGGAGGAGACAAGGAGGAUGAGGAAGAGCAGGAGGAGGACGAGUCGGAGGGGAUGAAAAGGAGAAGGGAGGAGGAGACAUGGAGGAUGAGGAAGGGGAGCAGGAGCAACGUGAGGCAGUACUCCUGGCCCACUCGAGGUGGUACUGCCACCCAACCAUACACGAAGGAGGAGGAGGAGAAGAUGGCCGCCAUCCUGCAGGAGAGGAAGGAGAAGAAGGAUGCCAAGAAGAAGGCCUUGAAAGAGGAACAGGCGGCCAAACUAAAGAAGAUGGAAGAAGAGAUGGCCAGGGAAAAAGAGAGGUUGAAAAAGGAAGAAGAAGAGAAGUUGAAGGAGGUGGAUGAAGAAGUGGAAGGACCGCCACUGCAAAAGAGUGGGCAGCACAGUGACAGCAGCAGUGAUGAGAUGGAGAAGAAGAUUUCGGAGUGGAUCGCCAACUUAUCCCUGGGUGAGGAGGAAGAGGUUGCUAUGUACAUCCCCAAGGAUGAGCAAGAAGCCGCCAUGAAGAAAUGGGAAGCAGAAGAAGAUGUUCUGACGCGGCGGGCGAUGGAGGAUGAACAGAGGAUGGCGUGGAAGCUCGCAGUGAUGAGGGAGAAGAAGAGAAGAGUGGAGGCGGCGAAUGCAGCAAUCCAAGAACUAGCGGAGGUGAGGACUGCCUUAACAACACAAUUGACUCCGCAAGUAGAUCUCCAACGCAAAGUGGAGAUCAUCGCCCAGAGCGUUGACCGGUUAGCUAAAGUGCAAGAAAAGCACUAUGAGUUUAGUCGCAGCCAGGAGAUAUCCGUGCGUUCGAUGCGAACGGGAUUACGGGACUUUGGUCGCGAACUAGUAGGCGCUGUGGGAUCCGAGGUGAGUCAUCGCCUCGAGAAGACUGAGCGUUUUUGUGUCGGCGCCAUCGAAGGCGUCAAGGUGGCCGCUCCCAAGGAGGAGGAGGCCCGUCCUCGCAAGGAGCCAGUCAAAGUCAAAUUCCCUGAUUCCUACAGUGGGAAAAGGGAAGAGAACUUUGACAAUUGGGAGACCAAUGUUAAGACCUAUGUGCAUUUGCAACAGGUCUCCCCGGAUCAGCAUGUCUUAAUUGCGAUCCAUGCACUUAGAGACGAGGCUGCCAGUUUCGCGAGAUCCCUUGUUUGUGCUGCCAACUGUAGUGACGAUCCAGUUGCGUACUCCUCGUUUACGUCCCUCAUUGAAUUCUUGAAGCUGCUGCGCGAGCGAUUCGCUGAUGUUGCCCAUAAAGACAAAAAGGUGGACAUAAAGGAUAUACAAGAAUGAACAAGAAGAAACCGAAAUCAAAACCGAAAAACAAAACAGAACAAAACGGCCAGAAAAGC